AUGCCUCCGCCUAGCUUCACUUUGAGGUCCCUGCUGGUUGGCCUCGUUAUCGGCGCCCUGAUCACCUUCUCGAAUACCUACUUUGGGCUGCAGACGGGUUGGAUCAGUACAAUGGCCAUGCCUUCAGCAUUGAUCGGGUUUUCGGUAUUCAAAGUCUUUUCGAAAUACCUCUCCUACCCGUUCACGCCCAUCGAGAAUGUCCUGAUUCAGACCGUGGCCGGAGCUGUAGGGACGAUGCCUCUUGGCUGCGGGUUUGUCGGAGUCAUCCCCGCUUUGGAGUUUCUUAUCAGGGACGGAGAAGAUGGGCCGUCGAGUGAUGGCGGUACUGGGGAGGGAGGCCCGUUGAGAAUGAAUUUCUGGAAAUUGGUUCUAUGGAGUCUGGGGGUCUGUUUGUUCGGUGUUGUCUUUGCCGUGCCCCUGAGGAAGGAAGUGAUCGUCCGCGAAAAGCUGAAGUUCCCCAGCGGGACGGCGUCGGCUUUGAUGCUAAGGGUUUUGCAUGGUGGUGGGAAUAGCGAGAAAGAUGCACAAAGAAGCGUUGCUGGCUCGACGCGGGACCAACAAGACGAAGAGCACGCCCAACCCUUGCUGUCACGGGGCGUCGAAGAAAGAGGACCUAUGCCGCAGCAGGUUGCUCAAGAAUCUGAGGAAGUGAAAAGAGACUGGAGGUCAAAAAUGCGUCUCCUAGUCGGCGCAUUUGCGCUGUCUGGCGUUUAUACACUCUUCUCCUACUUCGUGCCCCAAGUCCGCGACAUCCCGAUUUUGGGCGUUACCCUUGCUAGUAAUUGGCUGUGGACACUGAAUCCAUCUCCGGCAUACGUCGGACAAGGAAUUAUUAUGGGGCCCUCGACCUGUAUGCACAUGCUUUUCGGGGCUGCGUUGGGUUGGGGUAUUUUGUCGCCGCUAGCGAAAGCUCGCGGGUGGGCACCGGGCCCGGUGGACAGUUGGGAAGAUGGAAGCAAAGCGUGGAUCGUCUGGGUAUCUUUGGCCAUCAUGCUGGCGGACUCCAUUGUCAGCCUGGGCUGGCUGGUAGUGAAACCUGCUGUUGGGGCUGCACCGAAGAUCAUGAACAGGUUUUUCAAUACCCGAAUUGGACAUUGGGUUGCGUCGAAAAGCCCAACACCGAUUCCAAGCCGCUAUUCCUACCAGUACUCAGCCCUAAGUCCUAUCUCAGAAGAAUCGUCAUCCCCGAGCAAUGGUGCUCAAUCUGGGCUCGAUUCGAAAACCUCCGACGAUGACGAUGCACCUCCAUCUCAACUUAUUUCCAUGCGAACGGUUCUCAUUUUACUUCCGUUGACUCUGAUACUGAAUGUCAUCUGUAUGCACGUCGUCUUUGGCGAUAUCAUAUCACCCCUUCUCUCCAGCCUCGCCACACUUCUCGCCGUUCUCCUGUCAGUCAUGGGCGUUCGCGCCCUAGGCGAGACAGAUCUCAACCCAGUCUCCGGCAUCAGCAAACUGACCCAACUACUUUUCUCUAUCGCAACGCCAUCGUCCCAUUUCUCCCGACGCACGGCGCUCGUCACCAAUCUCCUCGCGGGCGCUGUAUCCGAAUCCGGCGCGCUCCAAGCCGGCGACAUGAUGCAAGACCUAAAAACAGGCCACCUCCUCGGCGCAAGCCCUAAGGCCCAAUUCUACGGCCAAAUUAUCGGUAGCCUUGUCGGUGCUGUCCUUUCUACUGCGGUCUACAAGAUGUACGUCAACGUCUACGAGGUCCCAGGCCCGAUGUUCCAAACACCCACAGCAUACGUCUGGAUAUUCACUGCGCGCCUUGUUACAGGCCAGGGUCUUCCGCCAAUGGCAUGGGAGGCCUCCACAAUUGCCGGUGCACUCUUUGUGGCUAUAACCAUCCUCCGGAUCGUCGCUGUCUCCCCAGUUGCCAACGGCGGCCGACCCUACGGCACUCCAGCCCCUUGGCGAUCUUGGAUUCCUGGCGGUAUUGCAGUCGCCGUUGGCAUAUUCAAUGUGCCCUCGUUCACACUUGCUCGAGCCAUUGGCGGUGUCAUUGCCUGGUGGUGGUCUCGGGGACAUGGCGCUUCAAAUGGUGAACUCAAGCCAGAGACAGAGCCCUCGCAGACAGACGGGUUAACGCAACCAGCGGGGAGUGAUGACAGGCGUUUUAUUACUUCGGGUCGCCAACCUACAUCCGAUGCGGCUACGGACAGAACUGAUGCUGCAGAUGCCGCUGCGUCUAGCGUCGUCGUCUUGGCUUCUGGGUUGAUCCUCGGGGAGGGGAUCAUGAGUAUCGUCAACCUCCUCCUGGCUAGUGGGGAUGUUCCUCAUCUCUAA